GUGUGUGCGUGCAUAUAGAACUGUAGCGGCAUUGUUUUUUUCGGAAUAGGUACGGAAUAAUACUACAUGAACAGGAUUUUUGUGCGAAGCUAUCCGAAGAUAUGAGUGCAAUAUGAAAAUAUGCGCCAAGACACCGGAAUGUCGGAAAGUUCUGGCGUUCCGUACGAGAGACGACAAAACGGACUGCGACGACGAAUAAUGCUGUUGAGAAACGUGCAACGCGUGAAGAAAUCCAAGGGAUACGCUCGGCAUGUACGCGUCGGCGGCGUCGGUUAAUCGGGUCGGCGGUGCUGUCAGCUCCGGUCCGCAGGCGGGAGCAGUGGCGGCGGUCACACCAAGUGUCGCGAGUGCCUCCAGGAGCAUCAUGAUGACGACCGGCGACGUUAGCGGCGAGGCGAGCGGCGCGGCCGGCGACGGGGCGGCCAGGCAACAUCCCAUUGCUCAGCGACCAAUCGAUCGCGUAUUGAUGGUGGCAGAUAGCGAACCUAGGCCUAGGUUAAGCGAUAUUAAUCGGGCACUCACUUGUGGCUAUUGUAAAGGAUAUUUGAUAAAUGCGGUCAAGAUUGAAGAUUGUCAUCAUACAUUUUGUCGUUCAUGUAUUGUUCAAUACAUAAAAAAUGUGAACAAGCAAUGUCCGACCUGUCUGUCGAGUGCAUCAACUCAAAGUGAUAAGCAGCAACCAUAUUUAGAAUUGUCUAAUCUGAUACUGGACAGAGUCUUGCAAAGUUGUGUAUACAAAAUGGUUCCUGGACUGUACCGGCGGGAGCAACAAAGACAGGCAGAAUUCUAUAAGCAACAUGGCCUUAGUAAUACUUAUUUGGCCAAAGUCGAAGAUAAUGUUCGAUUCAUCUGUCCAGAUGAACUUAUGAGUCUUUCUGUGGAAUAUGAAUCUACAGAUGCUAGAAUUGAGAAUAAACCUAAAAUGGAAAAACGGUAUUUGCAAUGUCCGGCUGCAGUAACGAUAAACCAUUUAGAAAAAUUAUUACGAAACAAAUAUAGCAUCAGCCCUGCGAUGUCUAUUGAAAUCAAAUAUAAGAAGCAUUCUUUGAGCCAUCAGCUAUCAUUGAUGGACGUUGUUUACAUUUACGGUUGGCAAAGGGAUACACCCAUGGAGUUUUCAUAUUCUAUAGCUUGUGCUGCAGCCGAACCUGAAGAUUCGGCAAGUUCUGAUGCCGCACCUCCUUUAGUCACGACAAAUUCUCAAGAUACUGCUCCGAAACCAAAACUGGCGCCUCUGUUUAAGUCGCCUAUGUCGCCCCAGCCUUCACCUCCCAGUCCUUCAGUCUCGUCACAUAUAAAACACAAUAGAGAUAAUUCUUCUGGCAAGCAGCAUCGAGAUGUUUCACAUUCAAAGCAUCGUGAGGGCCCAGCUCGGAUGAUAUACGAUCCAGAAAACAAGCAUAUGCAACCGCGCGUCGAACUCACAGAGUACGCUGCCCGAAUUGGUCUGACGGCGGUGAAAAAUGGAUCAUCGCACUACGACUUUCGUGAGGAAAAAGCUGAUCGACUGGACGAGGACCGCGUCGAAUUUGCAAAGAAACGAGAUAGAGAAUGGGCCGCCCAAAAGCAACUCGACGAACGCCACCACGCCAAAGACGACACCAACACUCAUAGGAAACGCAAGAAGGCGAAACAUUCUAAGAACGAGGACAACCAAUACAAACGACGGAAACUUCACGCUCAGAUUACUUCACCCGAAUCUCCCGAGGAUGCUUUGAAAAUGAAGGUCAAAUUGACGCCGACACCAGAGACAAAACAUAAGUACAAGUAUCACAUUGAACCGAUUACGCCUCCACCAGCUGCUGAUAAGCCAAACGUUACGACGAACUUAGUUGCCGAAAACAAAGAUUUGUCGACAAAAGAAAAGUUGUUACAGAUGCGAGCUGUUAGAAAGGACAAAGUCAGUAGUGUACUGCAAUCAGCAAAACAGGAACCGGUUUCGCAGCCUGCUGUAAGCUUAAGUACAUCGAUGCCACUAUUAGAUAAAGCGCCUUUCCAGACAGCACCUGAGAAAACUCCGAUGAUUAAAUUACCGCCACUUAAAUUACCUACUAAUAAAUUAACAUCAAUAAAAUCUCCACCUUUGAAGCUACCUCCAAUAAAAUUCAACACACUGAAAUCACCGCCAAUCAAAACUACAAUUAGUAAAAGCUGUAUACCGACACAAUCGCCUCCGCUGAAAACAUUAGUGGUGAAAACACCUACGGCUAGAUCAUCGCCUGUUAAGUCACCUGCACCAAGUUCCAUGGACAUUAAGUCGCCGAGUGAAGUACCUGUUAACAAACGAACUUUUCCGACAGCGGAUAAUAAAUCUGAACAACCUCCAGUCAGUAAACCAAAAUUAGAUAUCGAAGCUCCUAACUCUGUCUCGAAAGAAGUAACAACACCCAAACCCACAAAUAGCGUAACGACGAUAUCAGAGCAAGUGCGUGAAAUAGUACAAACUAAGCCAAAUUCUGGGUCAAGUUCAAUGGAGAAAGAUAAAAUUCAACAACCAAUAGCAGAGCCAGUGAAGCCUGUUGAAGUUAAACCUGUUGCCAGUACUCCGGCAACGAAUUCAAUUGUUACCAAAUCUACAGUUGUUACGACAACUCCUAAAGUGAUCAGACCACCUCCCGCUACAAUACCUUUGGUGCGAAUAAAAAAAUCUGUCGCUAAAACUGUUACGUUCUCGACAGCUGAUAAAACUUUCACGACGAAUGCAAAAAUGCUGACGAGUUCCGCGUCGCUACAGAAACCGCCUGAGGCGAAUAAUCCGAUGUGCGAUAAUAUUGGAGCCUUGGAUUUAUCCGGAAAAUCUAGUAGGAGUCCGACAUCGGAUGUGCGACCAACAAAUUCUCCGUCUCCACCCGCAGCGAACAGAAUGUUGAAUGGCGUUGCAAAACAUAAAAAGCCAACGGAAAAUCCAAUGUCAAAUUUACAAAUGCUUUCUGAAUCGGCAGUGCAAAUAUUAUCGCAAAGUAAGACGACAGUGUCGCGAAUGCCGAUCAAACAAUCCAUUCACAACACUGCUGUUCGACCUGCGAUACCCCAUGGUUUGCGCAUACCACAGCUGACCACAAAUCCUCAGUUGACUCAUAAACAGCCAAUUCACACGAUAUUAAAAUUAAAUGAAAUCAAAGGUCUUCGCAACACAAGCCCGAGACCCCAGAACCAAUCUAUACGAAGCAUACCUAAUCCAUCGGCGUUGAAUUUUCGGCCUGCUCAAACCAAACCGCCAGUACAAGAUGAAACUAAGAAAAUACUGAAUAUUAUGGAUACUGUACCUUCUACCACAUGCUCUAUGUUAUCAGAUAUUAAGAAAAAUGAGAAUCUUGCCAAAAAUUUAAACUUAGAAAAAGUGACGGCCGAGCUCGCCGGCAGAGCAUCGGAAGCGAACAAGUUACACAGUAAAAGUGCUUCUCAAAUGACGACCCCUUAACAUAAUUGGUAUAAUUUGUCAUUUUAAAUUAAAAUCAAAGACUUAUUCCUUGCUGAUUCGAAGAGAAAGUGAUAAUUUUUGAAAGAAUUUAAUUAGAUCUGAUAUUAAAAACACGUGGUGUAAAGCAUAGUUUGCGUGUGAGAUACAAGGAAUAGCAAACUUGCAGAAAUUAGGACUACAUAACUUACAUUUUCUGAUAUUACGUAAUUGAUAUUCAUUGACUAAUUUAUGAUAGGAAAAUUUAAUAUAAAAUGGUACUGUAAAUGUAGGUAAUUUAUUACUAUAUCGGAAGAUACUUUUGUUUGUACCAUUUAAAUUGGAUAACUCAAUAUAUGGAAAGUAUAAUUUAAUUUUGCUUGUCACGCAUAUAGUGACAUAACACAUUAUUUUGAGCACAUUUAACCCUUUCGCUUCGAGUAUGGUCCAUGGGCGACAUAUUGUGUGUCGGCCUAUGUUUCGAGAUUUAUCACUCAUGAGUUUAACUAUUAGAAUUCUAUUUUUUUAUUGUAGUUUUUAGUUCGUUAGAAGCGUAAUUUUUAAUUUUUUAACAUAUUUUUAUGGGAAAGGAUUGAGAAAUCUUAAAAUAUUUUGUUUUACCUGGUCUUUUCUGUUGCGCUACUGAUCAGGUGACCAUAUUUUUUUUAAGUCAAAACCGGAACCGCUGUUUUUAGUUGAGCUAAUCCGUGACGGAGAGGAGGGGAUUUAUGCUAAAUAACCUAAAUGUGAUUUUAAAAUAACCAAUACCUUUUGAGGAUACAAUAAAAACAGUCUUUUUAAUUGUAUAAAUUUUUUUAUCAGAAUUGCGGACUUUUAGUUAGAAUUCAAUUAUAUGUAAUUAACCCGUCUUUAGAAUUUUCUGAUUCGGCAAUUUUCUCAUUCAUAAUGUAAUGAUUCAUAUUAAAACAAACUCGAGACAUAAGGUGGAAUUCCGGGACAUUCCCGGCCAAACAGGGACGCAUGAUCACCUUUUUACUGAUCGACACGCUGUACCGUACAGCAGCGUCACUCCUGCUGAAAACAUUACCAUAGCGAAAGGGUUAAUAAUGUUCAAUAAAAAUUAAUAAAAGAUUUGAUAAGAAACCUGCAUGCAUUUUUUGUUUUAAAUUGAUUUUUUGGCUGAAGCAUAACAUCUUUACUCUUAAAAACAUUAAGCAUUCUGUAAAGACCUUUGUUCGCUCUUAUCCGCAAUGAGACACUUAGCCAUAUCUUAUAAUAGGCGAAUGGGAUCAAUUAGUUUAUAUAAAAUACUGGUAUAAUAUAAAAAUUCGAGAUCGAGAACAUUUCAUGCAGGUUUUUUGAUUAAUUUUUGCUUUAACAAAGUUUACAUAUUUAGAGUAAUACAAAAUAGUUUCCUUUACUUAUAUGUAAUAAUAAAAAUCCAAAGUACGUAAUCUAUGAAUAUGUUUUUAUGAAAAAUAUUGAGAGAUUGGAUAUGAAAAAGUAGGAUAAACGUGCGUGUGGUGUUGUUGAGAAGUGAUUGAAUAACCUCUAAAAUAAUAUAAAUAAAUGUGUUAAUUUAUUAAAUUUACAAAAUAGCGAGUAGAACCAGUGAUUAUUUAAUAAUUCAUGUUGCGAUAAUAAUUUAUAAUAUAAGGAUUUGUUUUCCCUUUUGUGGGUUAAUAGCAAAAAUAACCAG